UAUACUCUGAUUACUUAUUUUCAUUUCAUUUCAAAUUCCUUACAGGAGGAGGCCUUUAAGUCCAGUCAUCAUGCCUGGGGAAAGACGGUCAUCAUCGGCUUAAGCGAUAUUGGAGACACCAUGAGAGCCGGCGUCUGGGAAUUGUUAUACGGAAGGAGCCUCAUUGGAACCUUUUACGGAUCUUACAAGGCCAAAUUAGAGAUCCCCGGUUUGGUGGAUAAAGUGGUUAAAGGACAGAUCCAACUUGACAAGCUCAUCUCCCACAUCAUUCCGCUGGAUGACAUUAAUAAAGGAUACGAUAUGCUGAAAACGGGAGAAUCGUUGAGAGCUGUAAUCGAUAUGAACAAGAAGGCCUGAGUUUAACUUGCCAAGAAAAGCAAAUGAAGAAAGCGAAAAAUAUUAAAGUAUAAGAAAAUAUGAAGCCUUUAAUUGUAUGAAGAGGAGUUUGAGAUAAAUCUGGUUGGGCUUCAUUGUCAUUUUUCAUUGACGUGAUGUAAUGUGCAACGUAUUAUUGGUUUCUUAAUGUUUUAUAUUAUGAUGAAUUGAAUAAAAGAUGUAAUAUCAACAAA